GAUUCGAUGGACUGGAACAGCUUCCUAUCCGAGCCAUGUUCACUCGUAGUAACACUUGAGAGUGGUAACCCGUGUAUGUAACAUAACCACACCCACUGGACACCGGACAGAGGCUGACGCUGACGACACAUACUGAUCCGUCCCAUGCACGCUUUUUGACACUAUAAAUAACGAUAAACUCUUCAAAUUUAACCCUUCCAUCUCACAGAAAAGAAAACCCUUUCUUCUGAUCAAUGGAGGAAAGAGGAGAAUCAUCUUCUUCAGCCAACCCAUCUGAUGAAAUAUGGGCCAAGCUUGUUCCGUCUGAUGAGAGAUAUUCAGAUGUGGAGAUAAGGUCAGAUGAAAAAGUAAUAACUUCGGAGAUAUCAACUACUUCUAAUGACAAACAUAGCUGGUGCAAAAUAGUAAGGAAUCCUGAUCUAUGUUCAGCCACAAUGGAAAACAAAAGUCAAAAUACAAUACUUGUUGAUGGAGCUGAGUUACACAGUGAUGAUACCAUUGUCAUUAAGGAUGGAAGUCAAAUUAUCCCACGUCCUGAUAGAGAAGGAUUCGUCAGCUACAAAUUUCAUAUAAUGUCUAGCCCAAAUAUCUGCCAGAGGCAGCUAAAGAUAUGUGUAGAUGUUGAUCAUGCAAAGUGUAGCAUUUGCUUAAACAUAUGGCAUGAUGUUGUUACUGUUGCUCCAUGCCUUCACAAUUUUUGCAAUGGUUGCUUCUCAGAGUGGUUAAGGAGAUCAAAAGAAAGACAUUCAGCUGUACUUUGUCCUCAAUGCAGAGCACUUGUUCAGUUUGUUGGAAGAAACCACUUUCUGCGUACCAUUGCUGAGGAUAUGCUAAGGGCUGAUUCUUCACUAGGACGCUCGCAUGAUGAAGUUGCACUUUUAGAUACUUAUGCUUUAGUACGAUCAAACCUUGACCGGAGUACGGGACAGACGAUUAGAGCCGGAUCUGAAUCACAUGGUCUCUACUACCUUCAGCCUUCUACCUCUACCAUAUGUGCAUCUAUUGAGUCUCUUGGUUUAAUCCACCUUCGCCUGGGUCAUCCAAGCUUGAAUAAAUUAAAGAAAAUGGUCAUUGGAUCUGGAAAGAAGAGUCGAAAGAGGGCCUAUGCAUCACUGGAUGAUCAAAGCGAUGGCACAGACCAUCAGUGCCCACAGUGUGUUACUGAAGUUGAUGGGUUUCGUUGCGUACAUGAUACUGUUCAUCUCCAAUGUCAAGCAUGUGGAGGAAUGAUGCCUUCCCGUACUGGUUUUGGCAUUCCUCAGUAUUGUUCUGGAUGUGAUAGACCUUUCUGUGGAGCUUAUUGGCAUGCUCUAGGGGUAACUGGGAAUGGCUCUCACCCUGUUUGCUCCCAGGAUACUUUAAAAACUAUCUCAGAACACUCUAUUUCGAGAAUCCCAUUGUUAGCACAUGAAAAGAAUCUACAUGAACAGAAUAUCACUGAUAGUUGCAUUAGACAAAUGGGGAGGACAUUGCCGGAUGUGAUAUCAGAGUGGAUAGCAAAGCUGGACAACAGAGAAAUUGAUAGAACAGGAAUGAUGCUGAAUAACGCUGAGAUGAUUACUGCUCGAACUUUUGUAUGCCGUGAUUGUUAUCACAAGUUGGUGUCAUUUCUCCUGUACUGGUUUCGCGUCUCUAUACCCAAACAUCUUCUUCCACCAGAUGCAUCAGCAAGAGAAGAUUGCUGGUAUGGAUAUGCAUGUCGGACACAGCACCGUAGUCAAGAGCAUUCUCGGAAAAGGAAUCAUGUGUGCCGUCCCACCAGAGGCUCAAACAUGUGACUAAUGUAAACGUUUUUCUUUCAUGUUCGACUAGUGUACUUUAUCUUCUCCUUUUGACAAAAACAAAGUGUUGUGUCAAUUGCAAUUUUCCUCUUAUUGGUUGCAA